UUUGAAUGGCCACUGUAAUGGUAUUGUGCUUUCAGACCUACAAAGGCCUAGAGAAGUCUUUUCUCUAGUAGUCUCUAGGCAUGUCCAGAGUGCUGCCUUGUACUCCUUUGGAAACGAGAGUCAAGAUGACUUCAGAGCCCAGCCCAGGAGAACCAAGAAGCUGCUCAGAAGUCUAGGAGAAAAGCCAGGGCAUAAAUGCAUGCAGUGAAUAAACAACAACAAACAACAAUAACCCUUGUUGCCAUGGGUUUGGGAGACAGGCAGCAUGACCUCACAAGGGAGCUGCAGGCAGCUGAAGUCAAUGUCAGGUCCAGAGUGUGUGUCCAGUUUGCCAUUGGCAGUCAACCAUGGCAGACUAUAGUGGGCUGGUAGUCAUGCUCUUGCUAUGGCUGUGGUCAUGUGCAACGGGUCAGAGUCCAAUCCAAGUCCUUUACUUGCUGUGGUUCAGUGAAGGGCUCUUCAUGGAAUCUACGGCCGUUUCUAGCCUCCUGUUUCUCUUUAUUGGAGUGAUGCUUCUGAUCACUGUCAACAUGGAAGCCAUUUUCGAUUUCGAGGUUGAAUGCUACAACGCCUGGAGAGAUGGGAGACUCCUGGACUUCCUGCUACAUGGCAAUCAUCAGCCUGCCGUGCCUCAGGUCAACCAGGCUGGCCUACGGAUGAACAGAGGGCAAGCACCAGGGAUGGCCAUAAUGCAUCCAAUGUUCAUCCAAGGGAUCAACAAUGCCCCUGUUCGCUCUAGAAGUGCCCCUGCUUGUGGAACCUGCCUGACAUUUAACCAGCGUACAGCUGUCCCACCAAGAGCACAGAGUGCUCCAGCGAUAAUGAACCCCUCUGCACUCGGACGAGGCAAGAGAGGGAAGGCCACUACUACAGAACAACAGGGAAGCAUGCUCUUAAGACAAAGCCCCCGGAUCGCGGCCAGGGAUGCCAAGAUGCCCAAAGGCUUUUAGGACUUCUUAGAAGAUCUAUAGACAAUAGACUUAGACUGUUAGGAUUUUUUCCCCCAUUUGUUUAUUUCUUCUCCGGAGACCCAGAGACCUGGACAGCGUGCAAAGUUCAACCCCAGCAACUUUCCAUGCCCCCUACCCUUGCUGCUUACCUCCUAGUUUUCCUCCCACAGACACACGCGCCCCCCCCCCUUAGCUUUGCCCUGGAAGCGAAUAGGGGUCGUUCCCCCAGUCCUUGGGCUCCAAGAUGGGGUCUAGUGGCUGCCAGGGCCUGGAACUGGGUCCCUGUCAGGAGGACGCCAUGACA